AGACUUUCAUUCACUUACCAACAGAAACAGUUUUAGAGAUUUUUUACCRGUAUUUUGUGAGAAAAAAUAUUUAGUAUGAAGUUUUUUUCAGUUUUUUGUACUCUGGCUUUAGCCAGUAGUUUAGUUCUAGUCCAAGGAGCCGAGGAAGAGAAGAAGAAGGACGAUAAAAAAGCCGAAAAGGAAAAAGUAGGAACAGUUAUUGGAAUCGAUUUAGGAACUACUUACUCUUGUGUUGGUGUUUUCAAGAAUGGUCGAGUUGAAAUCAUUGCAAACGAUCAGGGAAAUCGUAUUACCCCAUCGUACGUGGCUUUCACUCCAGAAGGAGAAAGAUUGAUUGGCGACGGUGCUAAAAAUCAGCUGACCUCGAACCCAGAGAACACUGUCUUCGACGCCAAGCGUCUCAUAGGUCGUUCUUGGGAUGAUCCCUCUGUCCAACACGAUCUGAAGUACUUCCCUUUCAAGGUAAUCGAAAAGAACAAGAAACCUCAUGUCCAGGUCAAUGUUGGUAGUGAUAAAAAGACUUUUGCYGCCGAAGAAAUCAGUGCUAUGGUCCUCACAAAAAUGAAGGAAACUGCUGAAGCCUACCUUGGAAAGAAAGUCACACAUGCAGUCGUCACUGUCCCAGCUUAUUUCAAUGAUGCCCAAAGACGAGCAACCAAGGAUGCUGGUGUUAUUGCCGGUCUGAAUGUCAUGAGAAUCAUCAAYGAGCCAACUGCUGCAGCUAUUGCUUAUGGYAUGGACAAGAAAGAAGGAGAAAAGAACAUCCUUGUCUUUGAUCUUGGUGGUGGUACCUUUGAUGUCUCUCUUUUGACCAUUGAYAAUGGAGUAUUUGAAGUAGUUUCAACUAAUGGUGACACUCAUCUUGGAGGUGAAGAUUUUGACCAACGUGUGAUGGAUCACUUCAUCAAGCUCUACAAGAAGAAGAAGGGCAAGGAYAUCCGCAAAGACAACAGAGCUGUACAGAAACUCCGUCGUGAAGUUGAAAAGGCCAAGAGAGCUCUUAGUGCACAACAUCAAGCAAGAAUUGAGAUUGAAUCUUUCUUUGAUGGUGAAGACUUCUCAGAGACUCUCACCAGAGCUCGUUUCGAAGAACUCAAUGCUGACCUUUUCAAAUCAACACUCAAACCUGUCAAGAAAGUCCUUGAAGAUGCUGACCUCAAAAAGAAAGAUAUCCAUGAGAUUGUACUUGUUGGUGGCUCUACUCGUAUCCCUAAAAUCCAGAAACUCGUAAAAGACUUCUUYGAUGGUAARGAGCCAAGCAGAGGAAUCAACCCUGAUGAAGCUGUUGCUUAUGGUGCCGCAGUCCAAGCUGGUGUCCUUGGAGGAGAAGAAGACACUGGAGAAGUUGUCUUGUUGGAUGUCAACCCACUAACCCUYGGUAUUGAGACUGUUGGAGGUGUCAUGACUAAGCUUAUUGGACGUAACACUGUCAUCCCAACCAAGAAAUCACARAUCUUCUCAACUGCAGCYGACAACCAACAAACUGUCACAAUUCAAGUAUUYGAGGGUGAAAGACCAAUGACAAAGGAYAACCAUCUUCUUGGAAAGUUCGACUUGAACAACAUUCCACCUGCUCCACGAGGUGUUCCUCAAAUCGAAGUCACCUUUGAAAUUGAUGUCAAUGGUAUUCUUAGAGUAUCAGCUGAGGACAAAGGCACAGGWAACAARGAAAAGAUCACAAUCACMAACGACCAGAACAGACUCACUCCAGAAGAUAUUGARCGUAUGGUUAACGAUGCCGAGAAGUUUGCCGAUGAGGACAAAGCUGUCAAAGAAAAAGUUGAGGCUAAGAAUGAAUUGGAGAGCUACACGUACUCUUUGAAGAACCAAGUUGGUGAUAAGGACAAACUUGGAGGAAAACUAUCCGAGGAAGAUAAGAAAACAAUCAACGAUGCCAUUGAAAAAACUAUCUCAUGGAUGGACAAAAAUCAUGAAGCUUCAACAGAUGAUCUCAAGAAACAAAAGAAGGAACUUGAGGAUGUUGUACAGCCAAUUGUAAGCAAAUUAUAUCAAGGUGCUGGAGGACAACAGGGAGGAGAACAACAACAAGGAGGAGCUCCUCCAACUGAGGAGGAAAAACCAACAGAAGACAAAGAUGAAUUGUAAAAUAAUGAAAUUAGGAACAAUAUGAACAAUAUUUGCUGUCUUCUCGUUUGGACRCUGAGCAAUAGACACUGAGUUGUUGUGUUGAUCAUCAACAUCGUAGUGAAUGAAAGCUGCACGACCCAAAGAAUAUUGACUUUCGCGGUAAAAAUAAUUUGAAAAGCACUCUGUUUGUGCURUGUACAUGUUUCUAUUGGUCGUAGUAUUUUGUGUAAACUCUAAUAAUUAUUAUUCUGAAGUACUGUUCUUGCUACAUACCCGUCUACGCACGAAUGCAAAACUUACCGAAAUCAAAAGUUUAUUAUUUAUCUCUCGUUCCUGCUUUUUGAUGCAAGGACAAAACUAGGUUUUUCUUUAAUAAAAACAAACAUUUUAAAUGUA